UCAUGGAGGAGCCUCAUUGAUUACAGACUACAGUACUACUUCACGAUCCUUGGUUUAUUUAGGAGCGACAGUCUCCUAACGCUUGACUCCAACAUGGUGCGUGUGACGUAUGCGCAGUUUGAGGAUGAGAAGCAGUGUGACGUCACUGUUAGCGAACCGCAGUCGCCCGAUGGAACGAUCCAUGUGGAGUAUGGGCUGCGAGCUGACGACUUCCUGGAGGACGAACACCUUUCUUGCUGGAGGAACAUUCGAGCAGAAAUUGCAAAGUUUGUCGACCAUUUCGCUGUACGCGUCACAAGUUUGUUGCUGGUUGCUGUCGACAUCAUCAUCGUCGUCAUCGACAUCGCUCUCGGCAACGACAACCUGCAUCGCACGUUCGGUACCAUUUCGCUCGUGCUCGUUAGCAUCUUCAUGGUCGAAAUCACCCUCCGCAUCAUUGGCAAGGGGAAGAAUUUUUUCAAGGAGUGGUAUAAUGUAGUCGACUUGGUUGUUACGUUGGUGACUUUCAUCAUCAGCAUUGUCUACCUGGCGUUAGAGAACAGCACACGUUUCCUACAUAUGAUUGAUGAAGACCUGCUUCUUACUGAUCGCACCACCAGACUUGUGGUCAUCGGUCGACUUAUUCGAGUUGUUCGAUUCCUAAGACUGUUCUCUGAGAAAGAGCAGACAAUCGCAGCUGCACGGCGCAUGAUAUCUGAAAACAAGCGGCGCUACCGACAGGAUGGGUUUGACCUUGACCUUACCUAUGUUACAGAUCGUGUCAUUGCCAUGUCAUUUCCAUCAACGGGCAAAAUGGCUCUCUACAGAAAUCCAAUUGGGGAGGUAGCCCGGUUUUUGAACUCAAAGCACAAAGAUCACUACAUGAUUUAUAACUUAUGCAGUGAAAGAACUUACGAUGUGAGUAAGUUCCAUGGACGCGUGGAAAGAGUUAUGAUAGAUGACCAUAACGUUCCAAAGCUCAGUGACAUGUUGAAGUAUGUGCAAAGUGUGAGCGACUUUAUCAAUGCUGAUCCAGCCAAUGUGAUUGCAGUGCACUGCAAGGGGGGGAAAGGUCGCACAGGUACCAUGAUCUGUGUGUGGUUGGUGCAGAGUGGCCUAUUUGAAGAGGCACAGGACAGUCUGGAUUAUUUUGGCUUCAGACGUACAGAUCUGAGCAUGAGUCAGAAGUUUCAGGGGGUUGAGACUCCUAGUCAGAGCAGGUUUGUCGGCUAUUACGAACAGGUGAAAACCAAGUAUAAUCACCAGCUUCCCCCAGACAAGUUCAUCAAGAUUGAUUCCAUCACUAUACACGGCAUAGCAGGUCUAGGAAACGGCGAUGGUAGUGAUCUUUACUUUAAGAUCUUUGACACAAACAAGAUCUGUGUUCUGGAGGGCGAUGUGGGAAUGUACAGAAAUUGUCAGGUACAGCACGCUCCACUGCAAGACAUGGUGAAGGUUGACCUCCACAAGUGUCCUACACUCUCACAGGAAGUGAAGGUCAUGUUCUGGUCAAGGGUGAAAAAGGUUCCAUGUGAAUAUGACGACUGCGCCUUCUACUUUUGGUUUCACACUUCAUUUGUUGAAAACAGAUUACUCAUACCAAGGAAUGAGCUUGACAAUCCACAUAAACCAAAGACUUGGUCACACUACAAGGACAAGUUUUCUGUAGAGUUGGUAUUCAGUCGAGGCGAGACACAUGGCUCUCUACGAGUAAGCCCAGUAUGAUAUAUACUACCCACCAGUUUACACAUAUUGCUGCCUCAGUGCAUUGUUAGCUAUGGUGAACUAUAGUUCCAUAUAUAGGACUGCAUUCAUAGUUAUAACCACUGCCACUAGUACUCCCAUGCUGAAAAGCCCGUGUGUCAUCUACAUGGUGAAUGUACUACACUCCUCCUAUACUGAAUCUGGUCUCAAGAGGCCACCAGCAUCACAGGUUAAGCUCAUGUGCUCACAGAUUAAGCUCACUCAUGUGAAUUACCCAUUGGUAAUUAGCAACACCUGCUUCUUGCCGAGGCCGUUAUUGAUUAAGUGGUUCAGGAGCAACAUGGUGAAAUAACUGCUUUUAUGUGUGCCGCAAGAGUUCAGUUUGCCAGAUUGAUCUGACACACAGAUGUCAUCCAGCCCUCUGUGUGACAAUAAUAUACAUACAGAUGUAGAAAACAAACUUGUGUAGAAUCACAGAUACUCUUCACACUGAGCAUCAACAAAGAAAAUGCUUUUUUAGACAAUCAUGCGUACGUAGAAUGUUUAGUACUUGUGGUUGAUGUGAAAUGCAUAUUUUUUCAAUUUAUACAGUCUUUCUUCGCUAUAAGGCGUACGUCGUGCCAUAUAGUGCAUGUCCAUGGCACGUGAUGCAUCUGGCUUUUUAUAGUAAUGCAAUGGAAUAUAAUGUCCUAAAAUAUCUUGUCUGAAAUUGUAAUUAUGUCUGUAAUAAUAAUUAUCCUGAUACGUUGGGUUAUAAAAAGACCCAGACAAUGAAUGUUAUUUAUUGCUUAGUAUAUGUGCUCUAUCAAGGCUUGAGUUUGGAGAGAGUGUGAACUGCAUUUACAGGAUACUGUUACUGGUAUAGGCGAAAGAGAAUAGAAUAGAAACAUUAAGACUUUGGUAGUAAAUACAGUUCGUGUUUAUUUACCAUCAUUUUAUUAUUGAAUGUUCCAAAUGCCUGUGUGUCAAACCAUGUCUUCCAAAAAUGUCUGAAGUUUGGCCUUGGCCCCACUGCCCUUUGACCUCCAAUUUUGCCAAGGUGACGGAUUUUCUCCCUAUGACUCUAUCUGCCAAAUAUCAGGAGCAUAGGUCAAGCCAUUUACUUUUGUGCCGCAAUAUUGAAAUUCCCCAAAACUGGUCUUAUACCUUACCCUUAAGUCAAGGUGGGAAUAUUCCCCCUUUCUUCCUCCUUUCUAGCCUUUGUUGAUCCCCCAAUUUCGAUCUCCUAAUGCAUUUUUGGAUUUCCCCCUACGUCCCGUGAAUGACAACACCAUCAUCAAGCCUGUCAGUAACAUCAAUGUUAAGCCUUCCCCUUGAGAGUCAACAGGUCACCAGUCAGCUAUUCUUUGCACAUUGGUGGAAAGUGCAUUUCAUUGCCCUAUCAAUAAAGCCAUAAAAACUGGUCACCACUGAAACGAGUUUUAUUUCACUUGCUCCGUCAGACCAUGUCUUCAGAGACUGUCUAAAAUCUGUCCUUGGUCAUACUGCCCUUUGACCUGUGACAGCAAGCUUUUGUGACCAUUAUGGAUUUUUACCAUUAUGCUAUAUAUACCCAAUAUCAAGAGCAUAGGCCAAACCGUUUACAUUUGUGCCGCAAUUACACAUUUCCUCCUUUACUGUCAUCAGAUAGAGACGAAAGGCAGGAGGUCUCGUUGUCAGUAGUUUAUUCAGUGAAAAACUAAAAAUGAAAAUACAGAGAAUACGUUCUUACUACAUACUACAGCUGUAUCCUACGUAAACAGUAAUUGUUCUCUUAGAAAACCGCGCGAAUAUAUAAACUCGAAUUGAAUGUAAUUUAGCUAUCAGAUUGAACGUACACCUAUUCUGCAUCUACGUCAACACUAUGAAUAUGACACAUGCUUUCUGAAGUUAUAAUAAUACUGCAGUAGAACGUUAGCACUAAAAAACUUACAUUUUGGCAUGCCGACGCUCGAUGGGACAGUAGCGGUGACACCGACAGUAGUGUACGCGCGAAGCAAAACAGGCUUUACAUAUAAAGGGUACGCUAUGAAACACGGGAAUUAAACAUGUGGCGCCCUCACCACUAAACUGAUUAUUCAAACAGGUACAAAUACAAACGUACCGUACAAAUACAUAUAAAUACUGCUGCGAUUAACCUCCUAUACCGGAAAUUAAGUGGGGAAUAAUACCCCUUCCUUCCCCCUUUCUAGCCUUUAACCCUUGCCCCCCCCCCCUGUGAUUCGAUAUCCCAAUGUUUUUUUGGAUUGCCCCCUACGUCCAGAAUAUCGACAACGUAUAUCAAGCCAUUUAGAUUUGCGCCCAUAGUGUUGAUGGGUAGACGAACAGACAAAGGGACAGACGGAUGGAUGCUAAUGCUACAAGCUGCAUCUGAUUGUGUCAGAUAAGCUAAACAA